AUGAUCCACAGAACAGGAAUAAGAGACAAAAACCGAUACUGCAAAUUCCAUGAGGACUGCGGGCACGACAUGUGGGAGUGUUACGACUUAAAGAAAGAAAUAGAGAGGUUGAUAGAGUCUGGGUCGCUGAGAAAAUUUACGAGCUAUAAAGAAGAAAAGGAGCAUCGAAAGGAAGGAGCUGAUAAGGGAAAAAAGAAAGAGGAAGAAAGGGGAAGAAAGAAGGAGGUUGCUGGAGUCAUCAACGUCAUCAAAGGAGGAAAAAACAUGAAGGCAGGAAAGAAAAGGCCAAUGCCCGAAAUAAUACAGGUAACAGAGCAAGCAAGAGGAGAGUCGAACAUAGUAGAGACUAUCACCUUCUUUGCGGAAGAUGGGGCGCAUGUGAAGAGACCGUACAAUGAUGCCUUGGCGUACAAAGGAAUAGGAGGCGAACUUGGGAAACUCAAACAUUGUUUGAUUCCCAUAGUAGGACUCGGAGGAACACCCGUUCAACCUAAAUAUCUAGCGGAGCUAAUAACGGAGUUUAGGAGAGGAGGAAAGGAUAUAAAAGAAAUCAAAACGCUAUUCUCCAUCGUGGACAUGCCGCUGGCCUACAACGGAAUACUAGGAAGACCGUUCCUAUAUGAUUCGGGAGCAUUCACAAGCAUCCGCUACCUAGUAACGAAAAUACCAACUACGGCAGGGACCAUCAACAUCAAAGGGGAUCAAGAAGUCGCAUCAAGGUGCUACACGAUAGCCAUGAAAGAAGCAGGAGAAUGA